CUCCGCGCAGGCGCGCAGCUGUCUCCGCGUGUGUGCUGUCCCCGCGCGGGCUCCGUAGCGCGUGUGUAGGCUGACGCAGCUCGCGGGCCCUCCUCUUGCUCUGCAGCGGCGUCGGCCGAGUUUUGGGCGUUUGGGAGGGGGCUAGGGAGCCAGAGUCGAGAGAGGGAGGCGGCGGCGGCCGGGAGGAGGAGGAGGAGCAGGCGCCGCCAUGGCCGCCGCUAUCACCGACAUGGCCGACCUGGAGGAGCUCUCCCGCCUGAGCCCUCUGCCCCCUGGCAGCCCCGGCUCAGUGGCUCGGGGCCGGGCUGAGCCCCCCGAGGAGGAGGAGGAAGAGGAGGAAGAGGAAGAGGAGGCGGAGGCCGAGGCUGUGGCGGCGCUGCUGCUGAACGGCGGUGGGGGCGGUGGAGGCGGCGGCGGAGUGGGGGGCGGCGAGGCGGAGACGAUGUCGGAGCCGAGCCCCGAGAGCGCCAGCCAGGCCGGGGAGGAUGAGGACGAGGACGAGGAGGAGGACGAGGAGGACGAGAGCAGCAGCAGCGGCGGUGGCGAGGAGGAGAGUAGCGCUGAGAGCCUGGUGGGCAGCAGCGGCGGGAGCAGCAGCGACGAGACACGCUCGCUGAGCCCCGGCGCAGCCAGCAGUAGCAGCGGGGAUGGGGACGGCAAGGAGGGCCUGGAGGAACCCAAGGGACCGCGGGGCAGCCAGGGCGGCGGCGGGGGCGGCAGCAGUAGCAGCAGCGUCGUCUCCAGCGGCGGCGACGAGGGCUACGGGACCGGGGGAGGCGGAAGCAGCGCGACCUCCGGGGGCCGGCGAGGCAGCUUGGAGAUGUCGUCGGAUGGGGAACCCCUCAGCCGCAUGGACUCGGAGGACAGCAUAAGCAGUACUAUAAUGGAUGUAGACAGCACAAUUUCCAGUGGGCGUUCAACUCCAGCAAUGAUGAAUGGACAAGGAAGCACUACUUCUUCAAGCAAAAAUAUUGCCUAUAAUUGUUGUUGGGACCAGUGCCAGGCUUGCUUCAACUCUAGUCCAGAUCUGGCAGAUCACAUCCGUUCCAUACAUGUAGAUGGUCAGCGAGGAGGGGUAUUUGUUUGCUUAUGGAAAGGUUGUAAAGUAUACAACACACCGUCAACCAGUCAGAGUUGGUUACAGAGGCAUAUGCUGACACACAGUGGAGAUAAACCUUUCAAGUGUGUUGUUGGUGGCUGCAAUGCCAGCUUUGCUUCUCAGGGAGGGCUAGCUCGCCAUGUACCUACACACUUCAGUCAGCAGAACUCCUCAAAAGUUUCUAGCCAGCCAAAGGCCAAAGAAGAAUCCCCUUCUAAAGCUGGAAUGAACAAAAGGAGGAAAUUAAAGAACAAAAGACGACGCUCAUUACCACGACCGCAUGAUUUCUUCGAUGCACAAACACUGGAUGCGAUAAGACAUCGAGCCAUAUGCUUUAACCUCUCAGCCCAUAUAGAAAGUUUAGGGAAGGGACACAGUGUCGUUUUUCAUAGUACUGUAAUAGCUAAGAGAAAAGAGGAUUCUGGAAAGAUAAAACUUUUGCUUCAUUGGAUGCCUGAAGACAUUUUGCCUGACGUGUGGGUGAAUGAAAGUGAGCGACAUCAAUUAAAAACUAAAGUAGUUCAUUUAUCAAAGCUACCCAAAGAUACUGCCUUGCUUUUGGACCCAAACAUAUACAGAACAAUGCCGCAGAAGAGGUUGAAGAGAACUCUGAUAAGAAAAGUGUUCAAUUUGUAUUUAAGCAAACAGUGAACGACAUUUGCAAUCGACUAAAUAUUCGACUUUCGAAUUAGGGCUGAAAAUUUCUGUUAAAGAGUGUUGCCGUAUGUCUGGUGGCUCCCUUUUCAGGACUAGGGUUUUCUCGUGGAGUACAGUAUGUUAAUAUUUACCUAUAUAACUAAUCUGCUAACGGUUUUUGAAAAACCUUCAAAUAUUUGAAUAAUCCUCAUAUUUUCAUUUUAACCUACAUAAGCCUCUAAUUUUUUUUCGAGGAAAGCAUUUGGUUUAUUAGUUUUUUUUCUUAACGUAAGAAAAAGUAUUUUUUUUAAAGUGUCUUCAAACUGAAUCCUUUAUGCACCAAAGUUGGUUUUGAAAAGGAAAAUAAAAUCACUUUCUUGCUUGGUUAAGCAAGAAGCCAUAUGGAUUUUUUUUAACUUACAGAAAUGGAAAUAUGUGUAACUUGUUAGUAUUGUAUCAAACAAAUGUUCCAUAGAGAUAAUAGAACAUUGCUUGUAAAUAAUUCAGCAGAUUUGUAAUAUAUUUUUAUAUUAUGAGAUGUACUGUAGAUGUUUUUCUAGAGGCAUGAAAGUUAAAUGUAUAUAUUAUGGGUAGAAAUAAUAUUGAAGGAUAUUGUAAUUCACUAGUGCUGCCAGAGGAAUUGUUAAUAAAGCACCUUCUUUAACAAUAAAUGUCUUUUUCAGACUUAAGGAACUAUGUACUACUGUUAAUAUCUUGAAGAACAAAACACAUUGAACAUCCUUCCAGAAAGUCUUUGAGGGAGGACCUAUACCCAUAAUAGAAUUAUGGCACUCAUUUCUGACAGUGACCGUGAAGUCAAUCAUUUCCUUACUGUUGGAAGGACAUAUUGUAAAGUAUGUGGCUAUAUGCAGUCAAACUGCAGAAAAUACUCCUGAUUGAGGAGUUUUCACUUUACUACAGUAAUAUAAAAACCAGCAGUUUUUACACUAAAUUUUUUAAAGAAAGAAUAGACAAAAAUAUAGAAUUAAAACUUUGGUUCCAAAAUGGGAAAGUUCCAUGCUACAUAAAUCAUUUCUCAUUUACUUUAAAAUAUUUAAAAAUAAAAACUAUGGGAGACUUUAUUCGUUAACAAUGGGGUAAAGAGCUAUAUACAUGAAAUGAGUCAUAUAAAAUUAAAUGAAGUGCAAAUAAAAGCACUGCUACUAUAAGACAUUCUGGAAUGGUUGUUUAAUAGGGUAUUAUCCAUAUGAUCUGUAGCAAAUGUGAUUUUAUUUUUAAAAAGAAAAGCAGUAUGUUUUCUUACCUUUUAUUGUUCUCCUUUGCUUAAGCACUUCAUUAAUUGCUUUUUAUUCUGUAUCUGCGAAGUAAUCUGUAAUCUUCUUUGUUCUUUUAAAAUUUUGAUUUGUUAAAAAAUUGCCAAAUAGAAGUGUUCCAGAUAUAUAGUUUGUACCUGUAUUUUUUAUUUUAUUGCCUCAUGUUCUUGUAAGUCAUUCUUAAUUGACCGAUGAUUGUAGACCAUGCCUGAGUAUUUUUUCUAAUAAAACAAAAACAAAUCACAUUUAGCUUCAAAA